CGAAGGGAUGACGUUUACGGCUCCUUGGCACUUCACUAUCGCAUCAGUCGAUCUUGCGAUAGGAAAGGUCUGGAAUUGCCUUCUAUGAGGAAACAGAAAGCUCACAUUUAAAGCAAAUAUUUUGGAGAUUAAUUUAAGUUGUUGUAAAGUAACAUUCCACGGAGGUCCCCCGGUGUGCUCGUCUCUCCAGUAGUGAGGCAGUGGUGAGGUCCAGAGAGCCAGGAUGAGUGGUGCCGCUCUGGGCAUUGAGAUCGUGGUGGUCUUCUUCCUGGCCCUCUUCCUGCUGCACCGCUAUGGAGACUUCCGGAAGCAGCAGCGCAUGGUGCUCUUUGGCACCCUGCUGGCCUGGUACCUGUGUUUCCUCAUCGUCUUCAUCCUGCCCCUGGAUGUCAGCACGACCAUCUACAAGCAGUGUGUCAUCGACCGCGAGCAGCAUGCUGCGACUCCAGCCACAGUGUUGUCCAACCAGACAUCAGGAAACUCAACAGUCUUGCCAACAAAGAGCAUUCCAAAAGCAUGCCACAAGCCAUGGAGCUACAUUCCAAACGGGAUCAUGCCGGUGUUCUGGAGGGUGGUGUACUGGACCUCUCAGUGUCUCACCUGGCUGCUGUUGCCCUUCAUGCAGUCGUACGCUCGCUCAGGCGGCUUCUCCAUCACCAGCAAAAUCAAGACGGCGCUCAUCGAGAACGCCAUCUACUACGGCACCUACCUGCUCAUAUUCGGCUCCCUUCUCAUCUACGUGGCCGUCCACCCAGAGUUGCGUCUGAACUGGUAUGAGCUGCAGACCAUCGGCAUCACUGCAGCCAACACCUGGGGCCUGUUCCUGCUGGUGCUGCUGAUGGGCUACGGCCUGGUGGAGAUCCCCCGCUCCUACUGGGACAACUCCCACCACGGCCACCUCCUCAUCAAGACCUACUUCAAGCUGGCCAAGCUCAUGACCGAGAAGGCCGACUCCGAGGAGAACCUGGAGGACGUCAUGGAGGAGGUGAGAAAAGUCAGUGAGUCUAUCAAGUACAACCAUCCACUGAGGAAGAACAUUGACACCAUUCUGAGGAAGUGUCCUGUUGACUAUCAGGAGAAGAUGGGCAGGAAUAUGGACGACUACGAGGACUUUGACGACAAGCGGAACACCUACCCCAGUGAGAAGAGUCUAGCCAAACUCCACAAACAGACUAUUUACGCAGUGCAGAGACACAACCGCACCCGUGUCCAAUGGCAGAUGCUGCUGGAGGAGGCCUUCCACCUGGAGGACGUGGCCAAGAACGAGACCAGCUCGUCCAGGGAGUUUGUCCACAGCUUCGCCCCGUCCGAGCCCCCGGGCUGGUUCAGCCGCUACUUGUACACGCCCGCUGUCGAGUGGUACUGGGAGUGCCUGCUGAAGCAGUGGUUCUACCGGGUUCUUGCCGUGGUGCUGUCCCUGUUCUCUGUGGCUGUGGUGUGGUCCGAGUGCACCUUCUUCAGCACCAAGCCCGUGCUCUCACUAUUCGCCGUCUUCAUCCAGCUGGCUGAGAGGGACUAUAACUACCUGUACAUCGAGAUGGCGUGCUUCAUCACAAUCUUCUUCCUGUGCACCUGCGUGUACUCCACUGUGUUCCGCAUUCGAGUGUUCAACUACUACUACCUGGCCCCACACCAUCAGACCGACGCCUACAGCCUGCAGUUCAGCGGCAUGCUUUUCUGCCGUUUGACUCCCCCACUGUGUCUGAAUUUCCUGGGUCUGAUUCACAUGGACUCUGCAAUUUCCCAUCAGGCAAAGCAGCAGACAGCCUACACCUCAAUCAUGGGCUCAAUGCGAGUCCUGUCUUUCAUUGCUGAUGGCUUCUACAUCUACUACCCCAUGCUCAUCGUGCUGCUCUGCAUCGCCACCUACUUCAGCCUUGGAACACGCUGUCUGAACCUCCUGGGCUUCCAGCAGUUUAUGGGAGACAAUGAGUUGACCUCAGAUCUGAUAGACGAGGGCAAAGAACUACUCAGACGAGAGAGAAGAAAACGACAAAGAACAGAGGAUGGAGAAAAUCGAAGAAGAGAGUGGAGGGAGCGCUAUGGCAACCGGGAACAGAGUGGGGCAAGGAGUGUUCAGCAGUCUGAGAUGAAGGAGACCAACUACUCCGACACAGCCAACACCAACGCCAACACCAACCCCAACACCAACACAGGCCCCGGCAGACAAGCCAAGUACACUCGGACCAGCAGUCAGGCAGAGAGAGACUGCAUCGAGCUCCUGGAGGACGCAGAGCCUCUGGACUUCAACGCUGAUGUACCCACUGAUGACCCACUGGGAGCAGAAACCGGCAGUAGGCACACUGGUGGGAGGUACUUGUCCAUGUCGUCUUCACGGAGCCGAAUCUUCGAUGACGUCUGAGGCGAACAUUGGACCUUAAAACAGAAGGAACAAAGGAUGAGAAGGAAAGGAAGAGAAGCAGUCACUGAGCAGUGCAACCCUCCUCUCCCCCACCAGUCCAACGCACAGAGAAGGAAUCAGGGCAAUACUGUGGUGUGCGUUUGUAUAUGUAUGUUGCUUCCUCAGACUCUGGUGAAUGUAAAACACAAAUGAUUUCCCUCAAACACUUCACACAAAGUCACUGCUUGGAUAGCGUGUCUGUCUAACAAGUAGCUAGAUGUAUGUGGUGGCUAUCAAGCAGGUCUGAUGACUUUGUCGUCAAGGAACAAAACACUCCUGCCCAGAGAGUCUGAGUCAGUAUUGCGGCCUGUGUUGAUCUAGGAGUGGAUCCCCAGUUGUGUUUGUUUGUUUGUUUUCAUUUUGUCUGGAGAUAUAUAUUUACAUUUAAGUUACUGUAAGAUGAUUUAUAAGGUCAAAUGCUGGUUGAGUGCAACAUCAUGUUCUAUGUGUUUCCAGUGUGUAUGAAUAGCAUGUCACUGGAUAGCCGUCUCAUGACUGUUCUACCCCCUCAUGGUUACUGCCCCAUAGGUUACUGAAGGAUGGUUGGAUACAAGCUACCGAACGGAGGCAUUAAUUCUGUGUAUUGAAAGGAAAUGAAGAGUGAUAAAGAUACCCGUUCAUACCUGGCUUGCCAUGUUUGUAUGUCAAAUCUGAAGAACUGAAGUACAUCUCCUCACAGCUAUUUCACUUUUCUAUGGCCACUGUGUUGGCCCACACCAUGCUCUGUCUGAUGCAGAAGCAUGUUUAGUAUGUCACUACCCUCCAUUUUGAAUUAGUGUUGUGAGCCAUGGUAACCUGAAACAUUCCGUCCUAAGUUUUUGCUUAACCAUGCCUCAUGUGCUCCAUUGAGUUUGUCUUUCCAUAGAGGUCAUUCAAUUUAAAGGUAGUACAUGCUGUAUAUGGGAGAGAUGCUGAAUUAUGUUGUCAACCUAUCAGUCAUAUGAUUUGAAAGGUUUAUUUUGUUACAAGCUAGCUUGGUAUUUAUUUAUGGUUCAUUUGUUUGUUUGUUUGUUUUUUGAAUUGGUUCAAAUUGUGCCAAUUUGACACUGUUAACUAAAUGUUCAUGCCAUUUUGAUUUUGUACAGUAUUUAUAACAAGCGGUUUUAAUAAUCAUUUUUGAAAUAUACUGUAAUCAAGUGACCUUGUACAGUGUCCUAACCAGAUAUUUUUCCUAAUGUGCACCUUCCCUUGUCAUUAUUAUGCAGUCAGCUCACUGCCUAAUCCACACGGUGUAGUUGAGAAAACCUGAGAUACUAUGGAAUUUUGCAAAUAAUUGAUUUUUAUUUUUAAGGGCCAUUGUAGAAAUUAUGAGAGAUAUCAAAGUGUAAAUGUUACUGUAUUUCUACUGAUGGCAGUUGUAUAAAUUGCUAGAAGCAAGAAUAUUUUGUUUUUGUGGAUUUUUUUCUGGAGAAUAAUGUCAGACUUGUACAUUAUUUACUUUGAUUUCUAUUGUGUACUCUUAUGCCCUCUUUGUGAGUGUGGCCUUUAUCUUGGUUACUGCAGGGUUUUUACUACAUUCAAGUUUAGUUUUGUUUUGUUUUGUUUAUCUUUUUCAUGUCACUCAAAAUGUAUAUCUUCAGCCAUUUAUACUAUGAGCUUGGAUUUGGACUAAAUCAAGAUUAAAAUGGAUAAUCAUAGAUUAUUAUGGAGGAAAUGGAACGGUAAUUCAUCUAUCCAUCUGAAUGAGGAAAGUGAUUGGCCUUUUUGGCAUUUUCACAAACAUGAUUUGUUAGAAUGUUUUCUUCAAACAUAUUGCCAGUGAUGAUGGCAGUAAUUUAGAAAAGUGCAAUGUGUUAGGGCCUACUUAAAGAUGCAUGGGCCAUCCACACUGUGAAUACUCAGACUGGUCAUGACCAUGCUAACUAAGUAAUGGAGAGCGAACUCAAAAUGGCACUUGUCGUCUCGGCGUCUUAAUAUUUGUAGCAUUUUGAAACCUGGCUGGGCCCCAACUGAUCACUCUUGUAGGAGAGAGAUGGAUUUGCAUGUUUCACAGCUGUGCAGUUUCACUGCUGUUGCCUGAUCUCCUGUGGAGACAGUUCGCUGUCUGGUUAUGGGUUUCUGCCGUGAGGUGUCUUAUAUGACACUAUGGUUGACUAUUUCAGUUUGUAAAUGCCAGUCUGGAGUUGAUAUUGUUCUCAUGCUCUUGUAAUGCACAGUCUCUGCUCGCACCAAAUGCAAGUCAAAUUAUGGUUUAUCUGUUUCACCUCCAGAAAUUGGUUUUGUGGAGUAUGAAUACUUGUCUACAAGAGUAAUGAUUUUGGAUGAUGGCAGUGAUUGACUUCAUUUAUCCAUGUGCAUGAGUUUCUGCCAGUGCUGUAGGCUACUAUGUAAACGGAUGUAGGUCUAAAUCUACCAUGUCUGCUACUAACAUUAUAUUUUCCUAAGUUAUUAUUAUUUUGAAUGAAUAGUGAAUCUGGAAAUCUACUGUAGAUGUAAAUAUUAAUCGGUUCACAUGUAUGUUGAUGUCAGUUGCCCAUAUACACUGGACAAAUGUGUGUAAAAACUGAAGUUGAUCCUCAGUGUUUUGUGCAUAUGUAUGCAAUCUAUAUUAUUAUUAUUAUUAUUAUUUUUUGAAAUGAUAAACAAAAUAAAAUAAAUCAAAACAU